ACCUCCGCCAGCCUGCAGGUCAAGGGCUGGACGUACGCGGACCCCCAGUCCGAGCGCGAGGACCUGGUCUACUACGAGCACAAGCCCCUCCCCAAGCCGGGCCUCGCGGCCGAGGGGGAGGACAACCAGCAUCAGCGGGCCGAGAGGGGUCACCCGGGGGUCACGCGUCACCCUGACAACCCGCUGGACUUAGCGGUGACGCGCCUGACCGAGCUGGAGCGCAACAUCGAGAGAAGGUACCUGCGGAGCCCGCUAGGGACCACCGUUCAGAUCAGACUGGAUAAUGUGGGUACGGUCACUGUCCCCGCUCCCGCCCCGUCCACUAGUGCUGACUCGGGAAGGGGUGAGGAAGAGGUGGCCCAUGGGAUGAAAGUGUGGAGGAAGGCCCUGCUGGAGGUGAGGAGCGCCGCCCAACUCGCUAUGUGCCUCCAGCAGCUCCAGAAGUCCAUCGCCUGGGAGAGGUCCAUCAUGAAAGUGUACUGUCAGCUGUGCAGGAAGGGGGACAACGAGGACCUUCUGCUUCUGUGUGACGGCUGUGAUAAAGGCUGCCACACCUACUGCCAUAAACCCAAGAUCACCUGCAUCCCCGAGGGAGACUGGUACUGCCCGGCCUGCAUAUCCAAGGCGAGUGGGCCGAUUCCCAAGAACAAGAAGCCCCCCUGCAGACUCCCGCCGGCGUCCAGCCUAGGGGGAGUGGGAGGAGCGGCGGGGGGAGGAGGAGGAGGAGGAGCAGCGGGAGGAGGAGCAGCUGCAGGAGGAGGAGGAGGAGGAGGAGGAGGAGGCAGUGCUAAAAAGGGAGGAGCAGAAGUGAAGAAGAACGGCAAGCAGGCCGUUGCCGGGGAGGCGUCGGAGGAGGACUCAGCCAGCGCCGGCGGCACGCCCAAGAAAGGCGCCAAGGACGCCAGCAAGAAGAGGAAAGCUGAGGAGAGCUCCCCAGCACCACCGCCGCCACCGCCAGCCAAUCAGGAGAGCCCGGUGUGCGUGAAGCGAGCCAAGACGGCACGGGACAACAACCGGGACCUGGGACUGUGCAGAGUGCUUCUGGCCGAGCUGGAGCGGCACCAGGACGCUUGGCCCUUCCUCACACCCGUCAACCUCAAGUCGGUGCCAGGCUACAGGAAGGUCAUCAAGAAGCCCAUGGACUUCUCCACCAUCAGGGAGAAGCUUGUCAGCAGCCAAUAUCAAAACUUGGAGACGUUCAUCAUCGACGUCAACCUGGUGUUUGAUAACUGUGAAAAGUACAACGAAGACAACUCAGACAUCGGACGCGCCGGCCACAACAUGAGGAAGUUCUUUGAGAAGCGCUGGACUGAGCUUCUGAAACAAACCAACUAGGACUCAGGCUUCCCAGCGUUUCCCCGCCCCCUUCCCUCGGUCCCUUGGCGAGCAAACACAUAUUUUCCUCUCCAGCGAAGGGCCGCGAAUGGAGUGAGUAACGUAGAACUCAAACCCUCGGGGCUGCGGAGAGGAGGGAGAGUAGGGAGAGAGAGAGGGAGGGAGAGGAGGCCAUUGUGACAGGAGGUUGCUGUAGGAGGGUGUGAGGCUGGGGUUGAGCUACAACAGGGAAGGAACCCCCCCGAGAGUCCCAGGGAACCCGGCAUGUCAUUGUGCAAUACCACUUCCUGUCUCCGGAAUGCUGCACUGAAGCAACCCUCCAGUACACUGACCCUGUCCGUCCCCCCCCCCCCCCCCCCCCCCCGCGCGAUACACCGAAAAUACGUUCCACUACUUGUAAAUAGCCGUUUGUUUUUUUAUUUAAUCGUAUUAUAGUGAAUGUAUUUAAUUUUGUAAUACUUAUUUAUGAAUCAAGGUCCACUUCAUUUUCUAUGAAAAGGAAGAAUCAGCUAAACGGCUUUGAGUUGAUGGCAAGAAGAGGAAAUGGAAUGUGUGUUUGUGUCUUUAAUUUUCACCCAAAUACGAAACUAAGCCAAGAAAAAAAAAAAAAGAAAUAAAAACCAACCUGUUUACACUGUCGCGUGCGCCGAAGCACCGGGAAAAAAAAACUACAACUGUAUUUGUUUUGUUCAAACUGUAAAACUGCAUUUAUUCACAGGCAAAUGGUCAUUCAUGUGUAUAUACUGUUUAUUAUUGUCAAUAUUACGUCUUGUUUGGAACAAUGUGUAAAAAAUUGUUUAAGAAUAUUAAGAUAUUGUUUAUGCCUUAGAAUGAUUGUAGCAUUCUAUUUUAGUGAACGUGUUGGAAACCCUUAUGAUGGAUAUUGUUUGUACAGUAAACACAUACCCUCUGCAGACACUGUGCUCUUCUUAAUAUUGGUAGUGCCUACCCUCUCAACAGGGGCAUGUAGGGGAUAAUAUCGUUAUUUUUGUUAUCAUUUUAAUAUUUUAUUUCUAUGACUUCUAUUUUUAUUUCUGUUUUUAUUUUUUUAUGUAUGAUUUCCGAUCCAACAUGGCCGCCUCCAAAGUCAGACGGCGACACAGUCUUCAUUCCUUCCUCCCCGCACCAUCGCAUUAAAAAUAGAGAGAAUAUUCCGGAAAAAACCUGGCGAGCUUCUUGCGUAUAGGCUCCGCCCGCCGCCUACCCGCCCCCCCUCCCCCCCUCCCCACCACUCUAAAGGGGACCCCUGGGGCCAUUCGUAACCACUGUGUUGAAUCUUGCUGUGUGUUGUGGCCUGAUGGAGGCAGCUAGAGUUUUUUUAUGUACCCGAGUCGAGAGUACUUGAAGUAACUUUAUUUAAAGAUAUUGUGGAAUAAAAGUAUCAUUCUUUUGUAGGAGCUUUAUUUUUCACUAGUGUGUGGCACGGACCUAUUAAAGGAUGUUUUUCAACCUAAA